AGCAGAGCAGCGCCCGCCGCACGCGCGCCAGUCGCCGUCCCCUGCGACCGCUGCAGCCGCCGCCUGGACUAGGGCGCUGACAUUACUGCAUUCGUGGGGUUCAAGGCAGCCCUGAGCCGGGCCUUUAUUUCUUGUCUGCAGCGCUCAGCACAGCGCCUCGAAAAGCCAAACACCAGAACACCCUAGAAAGCUUCACUAAAAGAAUGCUCAUGUUUGACCCAGUUCCUGUCAAGCAAGAGGCCAUGGACCCUGUCUCAGUGUCAUACCCGUCUAAUUACAUGGAGUCCAUAAAGCCCAGCAAGUAUGGAGUCAUCUACUCCACACCAUUAUCCGAUAAGUUCUUCCAGACCCCAGAGGUCCUGUCGCACGGGAUGCAGAUGGAGCCAGUGGACCUCACCGUGAACAAGCGGAGCUCCCCGCCCUCGGCAGGGAAUUCUCCCUCCUCGCUGAAGUUCCAGGCCUCGCACAGGAGAGCCUCGCCGGGGCUGAGCAUGCCGUCUCCCAGCCCGCCCAUGAAGAAGUACUCGCCCCCUCCCCCGGGCGUGCAGCCCUUCAGCGUGCCUCUGUCCAUGCCUCCGGUGAUGGCCGCUGCCCUGUCCCGGCACGGCAUUCGGAGCCCGGGGAUACUGCCGGUCAUCCAGCCAGUCGUGGUGCAGCCUGUCCCCUUCAUGUACACCAGUCACCUCCAGCAGCCGCUCAUGGUGUCCUUGUCUGAGGAGAUGGAAAACUCAAACAGUAGCAUGCAAGUACCUGUAAUUGAAUCAUAUGAGAAGCCUAUAUUACAGAAAAAAAUUAAAAUAGAACCUGGGAUCGAACCACAGAGGACAGAUUAUUAUCCUGAAGAAAUGUCACCCCCUUUAAUGAACUCAGUGUCCCCCCCGCAAGCAUUGUUGCAAGAGAAUCACCCUUCAGUCAUAGUACAGCCCGGGAAGAGACCUUUACCUGUGGAAUCUCCAGACACCCAAAGGAAGCGAAGGAUACACAGAUGUGAUUAUGACGGAUGCAACAAAGUGUACACUAAGAGCUCUCACUUGAAAGCACACAGAAGAACACACACAGGAGAAAAACCCUACAAAUGUACAUGGGAAGGAUGCACAUGGAAGUUUGCUCGGUCUGAUGAACUAACAAGACAUUUCCGAAAACAUACUGGAAUCAAACCUUUCCAGUGUCCAGACUGUGACCGCAGCUUCUCUCGUUCUGACCACCUUGCCCUACAUAGGAAACGCCACAUGCUAGUUUGAAUGUCUCCAUCUCCGCCUCAGCACGCGGCUCCCCAUUCGCCCAGCUCUCUGUCCUCCCUCCCAUCGUCUAACUCAUUUUUUACAUGUACAUUUUAAUUUUGAUUCAGCUGGUCUGAAUCUCAGAAUUUAUAUCAUUCAAACUUCCAUAUGGUCAGUAGUAAAUAUUCUCUAAUCCUCCCUCUCCUUACCACGGGUCAGACCUAAAGAAUGUGAACACUUUUUUUUCCGGGGAUGCUAAGCAAACCCUUCUUACAGAUAAGUUUAAUGUAAUGACAACAAGGGAACAUGUAAACUAACAGAACCAAUUGUCGGUUUGUCCAUGUAUUCCUCAAAAGAAUAUCAAAGUAAAUGUAUUAGAAAUACAGUA